ACAACCUCAAAACUCGAAAUACCACCAACAUCGAAACCGCAGACUUGUUGAGCGUGCUCAAUCAACUCCGGCUAGCGCCGCCCAGGACGGCAGCUUCUGAAAAUGAAGCCUCUUCUGGCUGGUUUUCCAAAGGCGAGCAGCACUGCUCUGCGAUUACCACUCGUGCAGGACACAGUCACUUUCAAUUGCUGUCGAAGAAAGGCGCUGUUUUCCAGGCUUCGACAGCAGAAACGCUAUGCAUCAAGUAAUACAUCACGGACUCGAACAGCUCUUUUCUUUCCUGGCCAAGGCGUACAGAAAGUAGGAAUGCUCACACCAUGGCUCGAAGCUUUCCCCUCAACAGCCAAACCACUCGUCGAAGAAAUUGAUCAUCUGCUGGGCUUUAAGCUCUCCAAGAUCAUCGAAGAAGGACCCAACUCGACACUCACAGCAACCGAAAAUGCCCAGCCGGCAAUUAUGGCAUCCUCCCUCCUGAUCCUCCGAAUAUUAGAAGAAGAGUUUGGCUUCAAGCCAGCGGAGAGAGUGGACAUCACACUAGGCCAUUCUCUAGGAGAGUUUGCAGCAUUGGUGGCAGGAGGUUAUGUUCAUUUCGAGGACAGCCUAUACUUGGUGAGGCGGAGAGCAGAGGUCAUGGCCGAAUGCUCGCGGCGAGCAUGCGCUGAACAUGGCGGCGAAUAUGGCAUGGUAGCUCUUGUCACCGAGCCAGACCAUCUCAAGCCAUUGAUCGAGGCAAUUCAUGAGUUCUUAGGCCACCACAGCGCAGGCUCGAAAUCAGAAAGCGCUGAGGACGUCCCACCCAUUCAACAAGUUCUGAUUGCAAAUAUCAACAGCAAGAAUCAGAUUGUUCUGAGUGGGAAUAUUGAGAGGAUUAAAACGCUCCUGACGCAUGUAAGACAAUUUGGAGGGCAUGAUCCGAGGGCGGUCAGGUUGAAGAGCGAUAGCCCUUUUCACAGUCCGUUGAUGAUCCCGGCAAAAAAGGCUAUGCAGAGGAUGCUGGAAGGGAAGAGUCGGGUGAAGGGGAGAGAGAAUGAAGAUUUGAUCACGUUUCCGGGGAUCAUGCCUUGUGUGAGUAAUGUCAGCGCGAGGCCAUUUACGAGUAAGGACGACUUAAAGGAUUUGUGGGCUCGAUCUUGCGUGGAGACUGUGAGAUGGUGGGAUAGUAUUAAAUACUUGGAUCAAGAAUUGAAGAUUCGGCGGUGGAUUGGCAUUGGGCCUGGGAAGGUGGGCCGGAAUCUAGUUGGCAAAGAGGUAGGGAUGAGGGGCAGAGAUGUGGUGAAGGGUGGUGGUGUUUGGGGAAUCAGUGAUCCUAAAGAGAUCGAAGAGUUCUUGAAGGCACUGGAUGAGACGGAAACCUCGAGUGAUGAAGAAUAAUAGGAAUGUAAGAUUUUGGACGUGUUGCACAGAGGUUGCAGGCACAGUAAUUUUAUGAGAAGUGGACUGAGAGAGACGGACGACAAUAUGAUGAUGGAUAACUCAUUACUGUAUUAAACAUAAGAAUUGGAUCGUUGAACAUAGGUGUAUAUGUCCCUUUCAAGCGAUUGAACGAGAGGCACCAGGCUGAGAGACUGGACUUUUUGUUAAAAUUGCAGAUGUUUU